GCGGGUCUUCGAUGGCGGGCGUGCUCGUUUGCAAUGCUUGUCACUCUGUUGGCGAGAUGCGAUCUGGUUCUUGACGGCUGGUUCUUGACGGGCCUGCAAUAGUGCCGUCGGGCUGUGCGCGAGCUGUGCUCUAUGGCUUCCUUUCUCUGCGUGGAUAGUUUGGCACUGGCUUCUCGUAUGAAGCGUGGAUUGCUUUGCAAAAGGCAGGAUCGUGCGCCGCAAGCAAUAGUGCGGCUGGGCUGUGCGCGAGCUGUGCUCUAUGGCCUCCUUUCGGCUCUGUGCGUGGAUAGUUUAGCUUUGGCUUCUCGUACGAGGCGUGGAUUGCUCUGCAAAGGGAGGACCGCGCGCUGCAGCGAAGCUCCAUCUCCGCCCUCGGAAAUUGCUACCCCAUCUGACCGUUUGUCUGAUCGUCGAAGUGGCGUUGCUGUCCGUUAGGAUUCUGUUGUGUCACAACGAACGGAUCUUGAGGCUGUAUGCGCAUGCAUAUAUGCUGGCUUCCUUGCUGAUGUCAUCGGUCGCUUACAAGUGGCGAUCAUCUGUGCACUGCCGGCCUGCCUUUUGAGUCAUGUUGGUUCUCUGUGAUCGUCCCGUGUGUCUGGCGAUAAUGGUGCGAGCGGAGAUUUACGUAUUGGGGGUCGCUCGAGUUUGGCAAUAGCCCGGUGUUGUGGGUAUGGUUGCCGGGGUAGGAAGUUUGUGUGUGUGCGUACGUGAUUCGAAGAAUGUUUGAUCGUGCCGUUAAUCCUCCGAUGUAUGGGCGAUAUCGCGUCGUUCGUUCCUACCACGAUAUAUUGCCGUCAUGUGAGAACAUUUGUGCGCCGGU